CCUCAAAACUUGGGAAUAUCAUGUUUGUUUGAUUAAAAAAAUAAAACAAAGUGUCUACUGUUCAAAGAGAUCAUGAAGUGGGAGAAGGUGCAAGUCAAAGGAGAUAUCCCACCAGGAGUAGCAGCCCACUCAGCUGUGGCUUUGGGAAAGAACAUCUAUAUCUUUGGGGUAAUGACAGCAGAAGGAGCGACCAACUCCAUGUAUAGAUUCAACACUGACAAAAGCAGAUGGGUCCUUAUGAAGUUUGAAGGGGAUAUGCCCCCCAACCGCCUGGACCACUCCAUGUGUUUAUUGCCCUGGACGGUGCAUGCUGAGGGGAAUGGAGAUAAGGAGCAGGCCGACUGCCCAACAGCCUCAGAGACAAUACAUUUGGCCUUUGUAUUUGGAGGGAUGGAUACCCAGGGUGUCCUUCAUAAUGACUGUGUUGUGACUGUGGUUUCAUGAUGAUGUAAUACUCACUAAAGUUUAAAUAAAUUGUUUUUAA